AUGGCGUCUUUCGUUCUAUGCCUUUCCGCAACUUUGCUGUUCACUCAGUCUGCAAUUGCUUCAAACUGCACCAAGAAACCAAUAUACGUCGACAUCCACAAGCGGGCCGUACACGACUCAUCAGAAUUUCAAUAUGGAUCCUUCAUCGGACUAGGAACGCCAGCACAGAACCAGAGUCUUUGGCCAUCACUACAACAGAACCACAUCUCUUUCGCGUCGAGUAACUACUGCAAGAACACAACUCUUGACAAGUGUGCCACGAGUACAGGGGGCUUCUAUAACGACCGCGACUCCACUAGUUUUGUGAAAGACGACAACUUCCAAACCUUGGACAAUGAACAAGAGGGUUUCACGGGAUUCUUCGGUCGAGAGACCUUACGACUAUACACACAUUACUUCGAGACGGACGGUGCAUCACAAACAUUGGUAGAGAACAGUACGAUCGAAGUCGCGGAAUCGGGGUCAAUCACACCUGGAAGAGUUGGCAUGGGGUUGUCUUCCACUCUCCUUCGGGACCUAGCUGCACAAGACAUCAUUGCUGGGAAAACAUACUCGCUCUACAUCGGACAGGGAUUCAAGCGCGCCGGAGGCGCAGUUAACGGUAGCAAUGUCUUUGGGGGAUACGACUCAGGUCGCUUCACUGGAGAGACACACAAAUACGCCAUGAACAUCGACAAUCCGAAUCCGAUGAGCGUCCGCAUCAAGGAUAUCGUCAUCACUAACUCCGAAGAUAACGCAAACGUAUCACUGUUCGAUAACACGGUCUUCACCGACAUGAAGACACGAGCAGAGGACUUCGAGGCCCAGAUUACGACUGAACAGUUUCCGUUCUCCCUUCCGUAUCAGAUUACCCAAAACUUCAUCAAACGACUGGGAGCCGAAAAGGAUAACACAUGGGGCGAUAAUUCUCUGAAGUUGAAGAAUGCCUUCAACGGCACGUUCUCGAUAGUGCUAGAGGAUGGCUUUACAGUCACGCUACCCUCUGAAGUCCUCAUGAACGCUUCCAACAUCACGCCCAUCCAAGACCGCGAAGAGUCAGCCGACACACCAUUCUACCUCGGUACCGCUUUCCUUGGCCAAGUCUACUUGAUGGCGGAUUACGAAACCAAUAACUUCUUCCUCGCUGAAGCCAUUCAAAAGAACAACAUGGUCAUGCCUGUCACCUUCUGCCCGAAAUCCACGCCCGCAGCCUACGAACGCCCCAAGCAGUCCGCAUGGGAAAGCCAAGGUCUCAUCGGCGCGGUAAUUGGUGGUGUAAUAGGCGGUAUUGGUAUUAUCUGCGCAAGCUACUGCAUUUGGAUCACUUGGAUGCGCAAGAAGGAUGAGCGCAACUUGAAGAGGGAGUUGAAAAGAAACUCGCAGAGGAAGAUGGAGCAGAUGGACAUUGAGGAGGCACAGCCCAAGUUUGACCCGCCACCACGGACAGUGAACGCGGCAAAAGCUAUGUUUUGGAGGAAGAAUAAGCCGGGUCUAACGUUUUGA